GAGCUAAGCGAAACAAGUUACGCUUAACCCACUUCGCUCAUUUAUAAUUCCGUGACUCAACACAACUCAAUGUUCCGGCUCAAUCCGCAACAUUAUUAUUAUUCCGUCGACAUAGCGUUCAAUUCGGCGUUGUGUGCCGAUCGCGCUGCCACUUGAGCCGCGAGUCGAGUGAGCGAGGUCAUUACGGAUAAAAUGGGGGCGAACCAUUCCGAUAAUAAACCACUGUGUUGGUCUCAGUUAUUUAUGCUUACGAUAAAAUGAUGGCGCUUUAAAGCGUGCAACAGAGACAGAAAUAUCGACUUGUGCUCUGCGUUUACCUAGCCAGACAAAGAUAGGAUACGCUACUGCCGACAACCGCUAGGAAUUUGCCAUCCGACCAAUACUGGCAGUCCGCCAUACUGGCAUUGGCAACCGCGUCUGCCGAGUGCGACGUUUGCCUGUGAGUGAAAGGAACAAAGUUUCGGUCUGCCUCGAUCGUCGGUAAAAUGAGAGUUUGAGAGUGCGUUUCGAUCGAAAGCGUAGGUUAGCCACUUUGUUCUGUUGAUACGAGAAUUGGGUAUAGAAAAAAAAAUUGAAUUUGUAUAGUUAAUUGAAUUAGCAUAUUAUACUAAACUUAAACAUAAACCUGAGAGCAAGAGGUCAGAAAGCAAUUUCUGCUCAGCGCUUGAUUAGACUUUUUGACAGCACUCGUUUAUUUGGCCGGCCAUUUUGUAUUUUCUUGCAGUAGAGCAGCAGAAUCGAAGUGACAGAAGUUCGCGGAAAAUAAAUUAUUUGCAUUUUGUUAUUAUUCGUGAUCGUUUUCUCAAGGUUAUCAUUUAACACGGAGAAAGCCGGAAAAGUGGUGAAUGUGUUAUUGUGUUUGCGGAGUGACGAUAUCACCCAGUGUUAUGACUUUAUUGUAAACUUGUGUUGGAUUGGUGUGUGCCGACUUUGAAUUCGAGUUUCCAAUGAUUAUGAACAAAAUCACUGUGAAAUAAGUGUGAAAAGCAAAUACAAAUAUUAUUGGUGUCCGGAUAAUGAUUGCAUCGUAGAUGAUGGCAACUAAGCAUGACUCUGUUAUGGCCUCGCCACCUACAAACAAUGAAUCAGAUGAUGAGGCACAGGACUCCGUAGGCUCCGAUCCUGAACAAGAGGAAGAAGAGAAACAGACUGAUUCCUCGAAUGUCGCGAACAUUCUGAAGAGGCUCCAGUCCACUUGUGCUCUCAUCAAAAAGCCGAAACAGGAGUAUCAUUGCUUUACUUGCGACGAAGAUUUUCAGGAUUGGGAGGACCUAGAGAAUCAUCUGAUUCAGCACGUUUCACUGCCGUCCGUGGUACUUGACAAGCUGCCUUCCGACGACGAGGAUGCCCCUCCUUCUGGAGAUGAGAACUGGUCAGAUGAGGAAGAAGAAGCAGCCCCGCCCCCGCAAAAAGUCCCACCAACAAAAAUUGACAUAUCACAAUUGCUUAAAAAGACCGGUAUCUCUUUGAAAAAACCUGACAAUGGUGCCACGAAUUCUGAUUCAGCACUGAACAAGCUUAGCGGUUUAGGGUUUACUAUAAAGAAGGGCAACACUCCCAUAAAGAGUGAACCAGAACCGGAAAGUAAUAACGACGUCAUGCAAAAACUUGGUAAACUUGGAGGCAUCAAACUUAAGUUAAAAUCGGAUGGGAACUCAAACUCUUUCAAAGUGAUCAACGGGCUCAAAGAUUUCACAGCAUCAGAUGAAGAGGAGGGAGGUAGUGGGAAUGAUGAGAGUAGAGAAGACGCUGAAGCUGAUUUUGAUGAGGACCCCGACAAGUCAGGCGAAAAUGAUUCCGAUGGAGACAAUGAACGAACUCCGCCCAGUACUCGCAAAACAUCAGAAAGUGAUGACUCUGAAAAAUCUCCAAGGGUCAAACCCAAUCAACUUAAACAUUUGCAGGGAUUGUCUAUUAUGCAAAAGAAGGGCCCUCCUACGCCCGUGAAGGUUCCAGUGCAGCAACUUAAACCGCCAGUGAGGCCUGCUGUCAAACAGACUCCGAAAAGAGGAGCCAACUCUUCAGUCUCAUCCAAAGAAACUUCAGAGGAGAGAGAACUCCCAAGUAAGCCAACUACCCCAAAUACCCCAACGCCAGAAAGACGAGAGUCACGUACAAGCCUAGAUAACGUUGUUGUGAAGCAAGAAAUAGAGACAGUUGAAACACAGUCGUCAAAUGUUCCAAUAUUUAACACUCAAAUUAAGUCUGAAAGAUCUUCGCCGCCACCACUUGAUGCAGCUUCUACUCCUAUACUAGCUAAAGUAAAGUCCGAACCAGAUGCAUUGGCGUCGCACCAAUCUGCGCCGCCUAGUACUUUGGAGCCACUUCUGCCUGUCACAAAAAAAGAAGAGCCAAGCGUUACUGUUAUAGAGAUAAAUGGAGAUUCCAACGACGAAGAUGAUGAUUGUUGCGUGGUAUCUGCAACACCAGCGCCUGACAUCAAACCAGUUAUUCCCAAGACUGAGAAUCCCCCUGCGACGUACCCUCCACCGGCGUACCCGUCAUCGCAGCCAAGCUUCAAUUCCUCAACUAUGCUCGGCAGUCGUCUGACCGCGCCUUCUACUGAGAAACAACAUAACUUUAAUUGGAACGCCCCUGAUUCCAAACCACCUUUAGACAUGCUCGAGAAAAGUGCUGAUGACAUUUUCGAGAGUCUAUUGUCAAGCAGUGCAAAGAAAGAAUCUAUUUCAAUAUCGGACGCUAGUGAAUACAUAUCCUUAGAUACUUUAGGUCCUCGACAUUCAUGUGAUGUGUGCAAUACAAGAUUUACUGAUAUAGCCUUGCUCGAUGAGCACAGAAGGAUGACGGGUCAUACCAAAUCGUUGGCGCUUCCAUCAUCGUCUUCAACUCUUAUGCCUUACAAUCCGAAUUCAAACAUAUUGUCUUCAAUACUACCUGUGAAGCAUAUUGCUGAUCAGGUCGGGAAGCUAUCGACCAUUGGAGGAAGUGGGCCAGGUUUCACCCAUCAGCAAAAUGUCAUGAUCAAUAUCCAAGCUUACCCAGGAGCCGGAGGAAUGAUGAUGAAUCCGCAAGGAUAUAAUUCUUAUCCAUCUUCCCAAAACAAUAUGCAACAAGACUACGGAAAUAACAUGUAUGGCCCAGGGCAAACAAUGCCUGGUACGUAUCCAGGACAGGCUUACAUGAAUCAGCCCGGGUAUGGGCAGUUCCAACAACCGAUGUCUAAGCCGGGCGGGUAUCCUGGGCAAAUGCCGCAAGGUCAGUACCCGCCUUCGUCGUCUUACGCUUCUCCACUUCAGGGUAUGCAGCAGGCUGUUUAUGGACAAGCACCUUCCGGUGGAAUGAACGCACAAAUGGGCCAACCAAUGGGACAAACGAUGGGCCAAAUGGGUCCACCUGGUGCACCCUACGUUCCUUCAUCAAGUCCCGGCGGAGCUAUGAAACCUCCUCCCGGUGGCAUAAAGAUUCAAAACGUGCAAACCUUUCCAGCGGGCCAACCAGUAGUUGGAAUGCCCGGAACAGAAAAUAUGGGCGGACAACCUACAGCACCCGGUCAAACCGUAGGAGGACAGAUGCCUGCACCAACUCAAAUCAGAAUGGCACCCGGUGCUAAUAUUACCGGCACACGACCACGCAUGGCUAACCCUAGAGGACCACGACCUUCCAUUAGACCUGGUAUGCAAGUACAUGCUCAAAUUAGAGCUCAAAAACAAGGUGCGCGUAUGCCCAUGAAGAGGCCGGCAGGCAUGGCCGGCGGCCCGGGCCAGAAGCGACGCCCAGACAUGUUGCUACCGGGUAAACAUGACAACGAGGACUGCCAGGUGAUGGCCAUGCAGAAACAAAGGGAUGGCUUGCCCAUGAUCCAGAGCGUGCAAGGCGCGAAAGACAAACUUAAUCUAGGCAGCCAAAUAUCUAUCACUAAGAAGACUGUGAAUAAAGAAGCUAACGCUAUGGCGAAUGUGCUUGCAUCGCGAGGAAUAUCCAUUAAACAGAAGCAGAAGAGUCGAUCUCCGACUCCUGAACGGCCUCUCCCUCACAUACCGAACCUGGGUGCUGGGAUGAGCAUCAAACACACUUCAAAAUCUAGCAAUUUCUCCAUACCCGAAGCAAAAGUCGGUGGUGGUAUGCUGUCCUGUAAAAUAUGCAAGAAAAUGUUCAUGAACCACAACUCGCUCUCGGUUCACAUGUCGUCCGCGCAUCCGCAGAGUAAACUGCCAGUGUUCAAGUGCGACGAGUGCCCGGCUUCGUAUCCAAAGUCGUUACAGCUGCAGCACCACAAGAGAGUGUUCCACAACGUGACGGGGCCUAACAGAGAACUAGGGCUGCCUGUCGUGGACCUGUCACAAGAGGACAACCUCAAGCGAUUGAGUAGUUUAGGCAUAUAUAGUUUUAUACCCUUAGCAAAUAGGGAACAAGCUGGCGGCUGUUUCGGUAUACCAGUAAUCUCAGUACAUAAUGUACAAAAUGGUAUGACAAACAGUUUGCAAGCUUUAGGUGCAGACGGAUUGCUAAGCUUAGGACCUCUUAAACCUCUACCGAACUCAUAGACUGUGUAAAUAUACAGAAGUAUUUAGAAUGGACUUGUGUGCGGAGACUGUGAUUACCUAGUUUUGUGUAGACAGAGUUUGGACAGCUAACAGUGUGGAAAAAACGUUAUUUUUCUGUGUAAACUCCAAAAAGUUAAAACGGUUUUGCAUUGAGUGAAAUUAUUUAUAUGUUUACAUAAGAUUAUCCAUACAUAUAUUAAUGUAUAAUGAACAGAUAAAGUACAUACAUACUUCAAAGUCCAGAUGGACACAUGUAAAAUUAUAUAUUUUUUUAUUAUUAUUUAACUGCAGUUGUAAAAGCAUACUAUUUAAUAGUUAGUUACAACAACACACGCACAAUUGAACAGAAAUAUAUAUUAUCUUUGCGCCCUGAUAAAACUGGGUCACCUAUGAUGGUCAUCAUCAUUUUCCGAGACUUUUUCCAACUAUGUUGGGGUCAGUGUGGGGUGAUCACCUAUGUCUAUCUAUCUGGUCCAAGCUGAUACAAGAAAUAAUUGAAUUUUGUGUAUCAUGUGAUAAAAUUUUAACUUAUGUGACCUAAAUUUUUAACAACUUUACUUACCUAGAAAAUAAUACAUAUAAUGUAAGUAAAGUCAGAGAUACAUUAACUUCCGUGUUGACGCGUUUCGGCUUGGGCUCAAUGUAGUAGAAUAUAAACCAUAGGGUUGCCUAUCCAUUGAUGUGGAAUGGGUCUGUAGAAAAUAAGAAAUACUGACCAAUUUCAUUUGCUUUUUUGACAUAAAAUUAUAUGUUGGUGCACUCCAUAGCCUCGCUCCACGUUCAUAAACAUGUCUUAUCAGAAAUAAUAUAAUCUACAAACUAUAGAAACUGUAAUAUGAAACAGCAUUGCAUCCCAUUAAUCAAUGAAAAAAAAAAAUAAUAAGUUUUUUGUAUUUUGAGAGCAGAAAAUACCAGACUCAACAUGUAUUGUAUUUUGUUUCAAAAAUGGUUAUUUAAAUAACAAUUAUUCAUUUAAUUGGAAUACUCAGUUAUCUUCCUUCUCUGCUGCCAAAUUAUAAGAAAAGUUUAAUUUGUUUAACACUUUUUUUGUUCCUAAUAAUGUUGCGAGUAUGACUUCUAACUUUCAUUAUUUUAAUAUGUACUAGCAUUAAGCUAAAUUAUGUUAGCUCCCUCUAAAGAACUUCAAUGACGCAUGAGUCAUAUCUGAUACACACCAAUUGUUUUACUAUUGUCUGCAUUGUAGACAGUGAAGUGGUUAGUGGUUAUAUACUAUAUAUACAUUAUAGACUAUAUCCCAAUUGUGUAAAUGUCUCCAAAUUGUGUAAAAUGAUUCCGUUUCUUUUUGUGUAAAAUAUUGAACAUUUAUUUUAACAAGGCGCAUAAAUUUUUUUCGCCUUGUACAAAACAGUAAGGUGUAUACAUACGUACAUAGGCGUGAAAACAGGGAUAAAUAAUACUGAUUCUAAUAAGCCUGCAUUUUAAAUUGGAAAAAAAUAUUGGGCACGUAUCUUUUAUUUUAUCAAAAAAAUAAAUAUUUACUUAAAUAUAACGCGACAGAGAUUGAGAGUAAAC